CACCCUCAUCCCCGCACAGCGCAGCUGUGGUCGCACUGGGAGGCACCAUGGCGCUGUCGCAGAACGCUUUGGCACAACGAUUUGAGAGAUUAGUGCCGCAUUCCGCCGCAUCGUUCUCGAGCGCCGCUUCCCCUCACCGCCAAUCGCGCAGCCCGUCACAGGGGCUUCGCUCCCUGCGAGCGGCGUCAGCCUUUCCCGUGUUACCGCAUCCCACCUCUCAGUCGAUAAAGGCAAACCCUAGAGUGUGCGCGCUCUUAGCGACGACCGACAAUAUAUGUCGCGGUGACGUCUGUGGUAACCAUGGGGAGAAGCGUUACACCUUUGUCCCUGGCGUUACGGCGAGGAAACCACGCGGUCGUCGCCCGUUGCUGAUCACCGCAGCUUCCGCGAGCGGCGUUUCGGGGGGCUCUGAGCCGUCGCGUGAUGCACCGAGUUCGAGCGCAGUUCGGCAAGCCGACGCCGGCCACGUGGCAGCUGACGUGGUACGCGCAGCGGAGGCGGCGGUGCUAGCAUGGUGGGCCACGGCAGCUAGCUGGGUGAAAUGGCCCGUGGCGAUAUUCCUGCCCCUGUUCGCCCUCGUGAACAUCAUAUUCGGCGCAGCUGCAGCAACGGACCUCACGCCCCUCUGGCUGCUCGGCCCUCUCCUCCUCUCCGCCUCGCUCCGCCUCUCCCACUCCCUGCACCAACUCUCCCUCACCCUUCUCCACCGCACUGCACCGCAGCGCCAACUCCUUCUGGCCCGUGGCACUGAGCUGGCCGGCUACUUGUGCUCCGGAAACGUCCCAGAAGACGCGAGGAAGCUUCUUGGGAAACUACAGGAGGAGGUGGAGGAGAAGGGGCGGUAUUCGCUGUCUGUAGUGCAGGAGAGGCGGGCGGCGCUGGUGGUUUACGUGAACAGUGGCAGGAUGGCAGAGGACGUGCAGUCGAAGGCAGAGCGGUGGGCAGUGGAGCGGUGGGAGCAGCUGUGCGAUUGGACGAUCAUGAGAGCGGAGGACACAUCGGAUUGGCUGCGAGUCACGCGGAGAAGGUUGGGCAAGGUGCUGGAGAAGGUGUUCUGAGAGAAGGUGUUUUGAGAGAAGGUGUUCUGAGAGGAGUUCUGAGAGGUGUUUUGAGAGAAGGUGUUCUGAUAGAAGGUUUUAUGAGAGUGUUGAAGUGUACUUGACAGAGUUACCACUUACGCAUUCGUGGUAUACUUAGACUGUACGAGUAGCGCGAUACCUCACAUGGAAGGAUGCGCGUAAUGACGUCAGCAGCGGUGAGUCAACGUGUGAACUGUCAAAUUAUAUAUUUAACAGAUAUAUUUGUGUAGGCUUGGUAGGUGUUCUACUGAUUGUGGAUCCUACUAUAAAGAGGAAAACCCCCCUUCUUGUUUCUCUCUCUUCUUAGUCGAUUCACUU